AUGCGUGCUCUCGCACAGCUGAGCGCGCUGGCAGCCGUAUUUGCUACUACGGCGCUGGCCCAGCAAGAAAACGUCUUGACCAGCACAAACUCGGCAUCGCUGCGGACGACCGACACACUCUUGGCUCUAUCGGACGGCGCCGAAUGUGCCGUUCCGGAAUCGUUCGCACUGACCAUCACGAUGGGGAAGUGCUUUAGUCCGACGGAGAUUGCAGAGGUGCGCAACAGCAUCAACUGGCCCGUUUCCAACGCCAAAUUCAAGUCCAAGACACUCAAGACCGUGUCGUGCUCAACCACCAAUGAAAGUCCGUACGCGACACCCAGUCCGCUGCUGAGACCUCCUCAAAUUGAGAUUGUUAUGGGGAAAAAGAAAGCUACUGUUCGAGGAGCAGUGAUCAUCCGCGUUUGCCCGUCUCUGGACUGCGGUGUCUUACCGACCGACAUUGUGGUGGCCUCAGCAGCUAAAGCUCACUCGGCCAUUUCGCAGUCCGUGCGAGAUUUGGUGGAUUGCCCCACACCAACGAGCUCAACCUCCUGUCGUGAGCAUGGCAAGUGCCAGUGCAAGUGUCCAAGUGGAAUGUCAUUUGUGUAUGGUUCUUGCAUUUGUGAAGGUGGCAAGGAGGAAGUUUCUCCAGGUGUGUGUGCAUGUCCGGGUGAUCAAUCCUUUAUCGACGGCACUUGCCAAUGCCCUGGCGAUCAAUAUCUCGUUGACGGUAAAUGCCAAUGCCCCGGUGACCAAUCUAUCGUUGACAAAAAAUGCCAGUGCCCCGGUGAUCAGUCCCUCGUAGGCGACAAGUGCCGGUGUCCUGGCGAUCAAGUGUUCGUUGACAGCAAGUGCCGGUGUGCCGGUGACCAGUUGUUUGUCGACGGCAAAUGCCGAUGCCCCGGUGAUCAAUCCUUCGUCGAUGACAAGUGCCAAUGUCCCGGUGACCAAUCGCUCGUUGACAACAAGUGUCAAUGCCCCGGCGAUCAGCAUUUCGUUAACAAUAAGUGCCAGUGUGCCGGAGAUCAAUCGCUCGUUGACAACAAGUGCCAGUGUCCCGGCGAUCAAUCACUCGUUGACAAUAAGUGCCAGUGUGCCGGAGACCAGUUGUUUGUUGACGGUAAAUGCCAAUGCAGCGGGGAUCAAUCCUUUGCUGAUGGCAAGUGCCGCUGUGCCGGCAAUCAGUUGUUCAUUGACAACAAAUGCCAAUGUGCCGGCGACCAAUCCUUUAUUGAUGGCAAGUGCCAGUGUCCCGGUACUCAGUCUCUGGUCAACAACAAGUGCCAAUGUCCUGGUGACCAAUCCUUCGUCGAUGGCAAUUGCCAAUGUCCUGGCGAUCAAUCUCUUGUGGACAACAAGUGCCAAUGUCCCGGCGACCAGUCCCUCGCGGACAACAAGUGCCAAUGUGCUGGCGAUCAAUUUCUCGUUGACAACAAGUGCCAAUGCCCCGGCGACCAAUCACUCGUUGACAACAAGUGCCAAUGCCCCGGUGACCAAUCUCUAGUUGACGAUAAAUGCCAAUGUCCCGGUGACCAAUCUCUCGUUGGCAACAAGUGCCAAUGCCCUGGCGACCAAUCCUUCGUUGACGGCAAAUGUCAGUGCCCCGGUGACCAAUCCCUCGUAGGCGACAAAUGCCAGUGCCCUGGCGAUCAAGUGUUCGUUGACGGCAAGUGCCGGUGUGCCGGUGACCAGUUGUUUGUUGACGGCAAAUGCCGAUGUCCCGGUGAUCAAUCCUUCGUCGAUGACAAGUGCCAAUGUCCCGGUGACCAAUCGCUCGUUGACAACAAGUGCCAAUGUCCCGGCGACCAGUCCCUCGCGGACAACAAGUGCCAAUGUGCUGGCGAUCAAUCGCUCGUUGACAACAAGUGCCAGUGUCCCGGUGACCAUUCUUUCGUUGACGGCAAAUGCCAGUGCCCUGGCGAUCAAUCUCUCGUUGACGGUAAAUGCCAGUGUGCCGAUGGGCUGUCGUUCAUUGAAGGGAAAUGCCAAUGCACCGGCGAUCGAUCUCUAGUUGACGGGAAAUGUCAAUGUGCCGGUAACCAAUUGUUCGUCGACGGGAAGUGUGAGUGCCCAACCGGAAUGUCGAUGGUUCGGGGCGAGUGCUCGUGUCCAUACGGUGAGCAUGACGAGUACGGUGUAUGCGUACCUUCGUGCUACUGGAAGGCAAACAACGUUGGUUUGAGUCGUAUGUGGACGGAUCCAGAGAAAGCUUCUCUCAAGCUCAAGGACGACUGUAAGGUGGAUGCACCCGUGCCCAAGGAUAGUUACGUGAACGAUGGACGUAAAAACCAGAACGACGCGGCUAAGAUCGACCCAGUAAUUGCCAUCACCGCCACCAGAGAGGGGGACGCAACCGGUGUGACCCACAAUUCGCCUUGGAUUGAUUACGCCCUCACGCCACAGAAUCUCGAGAACGAGGUUACUUUCAGCUCGUUUGGCGUCUUCGACUUAGCACUAACCGCGACGGACUACCACUACGAGGCCACGUGCAGGGGCUGUAUUGCUGUCGUUGAUAAAUUUCCCCCAACUGCCAAGGACCAGUGCAAGACCAGCAGCGACCCAGGAACGAAGGUGCUGUAUUCAACCUCCACCCUUGACGAUGCCAUCGCAGAAGAGGCCAAGUUCAAGGCCUUCUACAGUCCUGACAAUGUUGUCAAUAACGGUGCGUACGACCCAGUCACUGGCGCCAAUGAGCGCACUGAGGCCGCUAAUACGGAGAAGAAGACGGCCACUUCGGACUCGUGUUCGUUCGGCCAUUGCCUCCAGAUGUCGAGUGGCACUCUCGUCACUUCGACUGCAGACAUCACGACGGAAGCCAACGCCAAGACGACCAAGAUUGUUGCAGGACUACCCACACCAAUCACCCCUGGCGUUAAGGACAUCCAUCGUAGCAUCACAUGCUCGUCCUUUAACGCUGGCUGCUCGUACACGUCGAAGCUGGGUGAGCUGUUCAAGCAUUCGUCACACUGGGGCGUGUCGGUGCCUGACUCGUACAAUGUCGACGACUUUGUUUACUGGCGUUACUCGGUCGGCACGGAGUCCUGGAACUCAUGGGAUGACCUGGCUACAUUGACCUUCACUGAGGCUCAGACGGACGUGUUUGUGGAGGCUUGGACGCAUUGCGGCCAGGUGUUCCACGAUACGUUCUCGGUGUUCCUGCACCCUCACAGCUCACGUCCGAAGUGUGUGGGAUUCAACGCCAUGUGGACAGAGCUCACUGCAUACCCACGCACGGUGGACUCGCACAUCGAAUCUGGUCUGCCACACGACGCCAACACAGUGAAGGGCAAGCUCACAGACGUCAAGUGUUAUGUGAAGCUGGCGGCGUCGGGCUCACUGGCCGGAGUUACGCACGGCGAAGUGCCCUUGACGCUCGCUCCAGACCAGAACGGCCGCAUCCAAGUGUCCAAGCAACUCGCGCUAGAACUCGUGCACGACCCCGAGACAGUCGAGAAUACGGACGUUCAGGUGGAGUGCGCCUUCACGUUCACGCACUACGACGCGUCUACCACGGAGACAGAUACGUGCUCCCACUCGUUCACGAUCACGGACUGUGACCACGCGGAGAUCGAGACCUACGGGACUGAAGCGGUGUGCAAGGCUGGCGAGUGUUUGUCGCCGUCCGGGACUCCGGGCCCGUUCGAAGCGUGUGGCGGUAGUGUGUUUGCCACCGAGAACUAUGUGACCAAGCAGAAGACGCUGUCGGGUGAAUGUUGCAAGGAGUGCAGCUCCACGUUGGCGUGUACAGCACUGACCGAGUCGAACCCUGAGGAUGGCGUAGAGCGCUGUGAGCCAGCUACAACGGGGAAGAGUACGAUGCCUUACUACCCACUACCCGAGUGA